UUGGAAUGAAAUAUCCAAUGGCCUCGGGCUUAUAAAACGCCACUGCUUUUAUUUCUCUUUUGCUGCACCUUCUUCUUCUCAUCAUCAGAUUCUUAUGGCCUUUUUUCACCUUUGUUUUCUACUUUUCGCUCUCUGAAACUCAAAACUUCCCGAAGUUAAAGGAUCCAAUUCCCACUUUUUUAUCUCUCAAAAUCUCACACGUCACCAACUUCUAACUGUCAUCAGCAAAUCCCCUCACUCUCCAAUUUUCUUCUAUCAUUUUUUCUUCUUAACCAACAUGCACACACUUCCAUUCCCAUAUUCUUUUUUAACAAUUUCAUCGCCAAUUCCUCAAUAAUGUACUAAAAAUCCAGUCAUUUUCACACCCACCAAGCCAAAUCCUCAAUUAUGUAUUAAAAGUCCAAUCUUUUUCACUUCUUCCGCAAACAGGUGUUACUCAAAUUCAAGAUCAACAACUAAAAGACGGAGCCUUUCCUCAGUUUCUUGCUUGAUUAUGGACAAAGAAGCACCGGUAGAAGAGGGGUUAAGUGUUAUUGACAAAGUUCAGAUUUUAGGUUUGGAAUUUAGGUCGUUAUCAGAACCAAUUGAUAGAGUGAAAAGAUUAUUACAGUAUGCAAGUAUUCUCCCACCAUUAAGUGAGUCAGCUAAGGUUCAAGAAAACAGAGUCAUGGGUUGUACAACUCAGGUUUGGUUAGAGGUUAGGAUGGAUAAAAGGGGUUCAAUGAGGUUUAGAGUAGAUAGUGAUUCAGAGAUCACAAAAGGGUUUUGUUCUUGCUUGUUAUGGUUGCUUGAUGGUGCUGAACCAGAGGAGAUUUUAAGUGUUACAGCAGAGGAUUUGGCUGAUAUGAAUGUAGGAUUACCUAAAAAGGGUCGUUCAAGGGUAAAUACUUGGCAUAAUGUGUUGUUCAGUAUGCAGAAUAGGACUCAAGAUUGUGUUCAGGAGAGGAAUAGAGCAGCUUUGUCUUUGGAAGAUUUUCAUUCUUUAAUUAUUAGGCCUCAUGGAAGUUACCUGGAAUCUGAGCCUAAAUGCAGUCUUGAAGUCAAAUAAUUGUUAGCCAAGCUUUGUACCAUUGUUGGUUGAAUCUGCUCAAGUUUCAAACAUCUUUUGUUCUCCACUGUGGCAAUUUCCUUCCCAUUGCUAUUCAAAGUUUGGUGUAUGUCUGUAGAAUUGAUUACAGAGAUGGCUAUACAAGAAAGUAGUCGACGAUAUUUACGUUACAAGACUGCUGACAGAAACACUCUCUUUUGCUCACUAUUGUAAUAAAUUUCAGGGUGGCUAUUA